AUGAGUUUAAAAGAAGUUUUCGAAUCAUCACCGUGGAGGUCAUUUAAAAAAUUCUAUGAAGCUGCAAAGAAUGCGGGAUUUAAUGAUAGAACAGAAAUUAAGAGAUUUUAUGAUGAAAAUAUAGUUCAUCAGGUAAAAGUUAAUCCUUACGAUUAUUACCUUCCCAUUUACUCGAAAACUCAUGAUGCAUAUCAAUUUGAUACACUCGUUCAGAGUAAGAAAGGAAGAAAGCCACCAUUUUUGAUUUUCAUUAAUGUUAAUACACGUAAAGCUUUUGCGUAUAUAAUGAAAAAUAAAGGAACAAAAGAAGUUUUAAGAGUUUUGCAGACGUUUGUGGCAGAACAUCAUCCUACUUCAUUAACUUCAGACCAAGACGGUGCAUACCUCAGUAAUGAAAUUACAGAAUUUUUGAUUAAACAUAACGUUACUCAUUAUACGACUGAAGACCAUAACCAUAAUAUUUUAGGAAUCAUUAAUCGUUUCAUUAGAACGCUAAGAGAUUUAAAUAAAGAAAGAGAUUUUACGGAGGAAUCAAUGAAUAAAGUCAUUAAUGCGUACAAUAAGUCCACCCAUAACAGCACAGGAUUUAAACCAAACGAAAUGACUUCAAAAGAGGAGGAUGAAUACAUAAAACAAAAGAGAAUGUUAACGGAGGAAAGAAGAAGUUCAUCAUUACUGCCAGGAACUAAAGUUAGAAUCAUUCUUGAACAUAAACCACACGAAAAGGUAAGAAAUCAGUUAAGUGAUGAUUAUUACAUUGUUGAUUCCUCACAGGGUAAUGGUUAUUUAAUUAAAGCAGCUGACCAUUCGGUUGCGUUUUAUCUGCGAUUUCGAUUAGUUGAAAGCGAAAAUGGAAGAUUAGCUAAGACGGUUGAUGAAGCAAAAAGAGGUAUAGUUAAUAAAAUUGUGAGUUAUGAUGAAGACAAAGAUGAAUACACUGUCAUUUAUGAAGGAGGUGUGGAUGAUAAAAUUCCUUCUAGAAAUUUGAGAGAAUCGAACCCCACACAUUUAUCGGAACUCGAAAAGGAUUACUGGAAGGAUAAAAAUAAGCCAAAAUUAAUCAAAAAAUUUUUAUGA